AGUUGGACCCCUGCGCUCCAUCGAUCUGCAGAGGCGCACAGAGGAGCUUAUAUCGGACAAGCCUUCGGUUUUUUUUCAGGGGGGAAUGCCAAACGUGGAUCCGCUGUUUGCAACAUGCUACUGGGCUAUUUGGUAGUGGUUGUGAUCUGCCUGUUGGGUUCUGAUGUCAGCAGAGCGUAUGUGUUUCAAGCCAGUGGGCCUACAGAUGGAGGAGACAACCCACCACCUCACACUAAAGUCGUCUCAGAGUGGGUCAGCUCAGCGGGCUCCUGUAAGAGGAGGUGCUUUGAGCUGGAGGAGGCCAAACCUCCAGGAUGCAGAUGUGACAAUCUGUGUAAAACCUACUACAGCUGCUGCUCGGACUUCGACGAGCACUGCCUGAAAACAGGCGGAGGGUUCGAGUGCUCGCAGGAUCGCUGUGGGGAGGCGAGGAACGACGACCAUGCCUGCCACUGCUCAGAGGACUGUCUGGAGAAAGGAGACUGCUGCUCCAACUACAAGUCACUCUGCAAAGGUGAGACUUCAUGGGUGCAAGAAGACUGUGAGGAGAUCCAGAGUGCUGAAUGCCCUGCAGGCUUCAUCCGUCCUCCGCUCAUCAUGCUGUCUGUUGACGGGUUCAGAGCCUCCUACCUGAAGAAGGGCAAAUCUGUCAUCCCCAACAUACACAAGCUCAGAGAGUGUGGUACGUCGGCACCCUACAUGCGACCAGUCUACCCAUCAAAAACAUUCCCAAAUUUAUACACCCUGGCCACAGGUCUUUACCCAGAGUCCCAUGGGAUUGUGGGGAACACCAUGCAUGACCCAGUGUUUAAUGCCACCUUCAGCCUGCGCACCAGAGAGAAACUGAACCACCGCUGGUGGGGCGGACAGCCAAUCUGGAUCACAGCAGAGGAACAAGGAGUGAAAGCAGGCACUUUCUUCUGGCCUUGGGUGAUUCCUCUGGAGAGGAGGAUUUUGACGAUCCUGCGAUGGCUGCAUCUGCCUGAUAACGAGAGGCCGUAUGUUUACGCCGUCCACUCAGAGCAGCCCGAUACCUACGGACAUCGACUGGGACCGCUCAGCAGUGAGCUGGAUAACCCUCUGAGAGAGCUGGACAACAUCAUUGGUCAGCUGAUGAAUGGUCUAAAGCAGAUGAACCUGCAUCGCUGCGUCAACGUCAUCAUCGUAGGAGACCAUGGUAUGGAGGAGGCCCACUGUGACAGGACAGAGUUUCUCAGCAGCUACCCACUCAACAUUGACGAAAUCCAGCUGAUCCCUGGCUCUCUCGGGAGAAUACGACCCCGCGACCCCAAAUCCACUACAUAUGACCCAAAAGUAGUUGUUGCGAACCUCACUUGUAAAAUGCCAACUCAGCACUUCAAGCCGUACCUGAAGCAGCAUUUACCCAAGAGGCUUCACUACGCCAAUAACCGCAGGAUCGAGGACGUCCAUCUGCUGAUGGAGAGGAAGUGGCACAUCGCCAGGAAAAUGCCAGAAAAACUGAGGACUCGUUGUGGUUUCUUUGGUGACCACGGCUUCGACAACAAGAUAACCAGCAUGAGGACGAUCUUUAUGGGACACGGGCCAAGCUUCAAGUUUCAGAAAAGAGUGCCAGAGUUUGAGAAUAUAGAGUUAUACAACAUCAUGUGUGACUUGUUGGGGUUGAAGCCGGCCCCAAACAAUGGGACCCACGGCAGCCUGAACGACAUGCUGAAAGAGCCGCCGUACGAACCCAGCAUGCCCAAGGAAGUGACGCCACCGUCACUGGCGUCUGACUCCGAGGUCACUGUGACACAUGACCUGGGCUGCAGCUGUGACGAUGAGAACAAAGUUGAGGAGGUCAUUGAAGCUUUCAGUCCUGCACCAGACGGACUCUACAGUUACAACAGCACUCACCUACCGUUCGGUCGUCCAGCGGUGAUGUUUGACACUGAGUACAGUUUGCUUCAUCAUGUGGAGUUCAUCAGUGGAUAUAGCAAAGAGCUGGCCAUGCCGCUGUGGACAGCAUACACACUGCCACGACAGGAGGACAUCACUCCUCUACCGGAGGUUUCCCUCGGUGUUCAGUGUAUCCGGGUCGACCCCAGAGUUUCAGCUGAUCACAGUCAGAGCUGCACCACCUACAGCCAGAACAACCACCUCACCCACGGCUUCCUCUUCCCCCCAGAGCUGGCAUUGUCUCCUGAGUCCAGAUACGACGCUUCUCUCAUCACCAACACGGUUCCCAUGUACCCCGCCUUCAAGAGACUGUGGAGUUACCUGCAGGGGACGCUGCUGAGACGUUACGCAGAGGAAAACAACGGUAUCAACGUGCUUGCCGGACCCAUCUUCGACAACAACUAUGACGGCCUCCGUGACACAACAGAGAAGAUAAAAGAGUUUUCACCCGACAUUCCGCCUGUCCCAACCCACUUCUACACUGUUGUGACGAGCUGUCAGGAGCUGAACCAGACCCUGGAGGAGUGUGCUGGAGCGCUCAAGGUCUUCUCCUUCCUUCUCCCUAACAGACCAGACAACUCCGAGGCCUGCAAUAGCGCCGAGGAUGAGUCACAGUGGGUUGAAGACCUGCUAAAGCUCCAUACAGCCCGAGUUCGAGAUGUAGAGAUCCUGACGGGCCUGGACCUCUACAGAUCCACCAAUCUCACAUACACGAGCACCCUGAGCCUCAAAACCCGCCUGCACACCUUUGAGAGUGACGACUAGACACACAGAGAGACAGACACACACAUACAGGAUGUAGCUGUUUGUAGAAGUCCUGCAUUUUCACCACAUGCACGCUGGACAGCCAGCGUGUCGUUGUUCCACUCCUGAGGAACUGCCAGGAAGCGCUUGGGAAGGGGAGCGCAUUUUUGAAAUUUGAAAAGAUUAAAAGAAUGGUUAGGCAAGUAGUAGUCUGACGAUUAAAACGGGAAUAUCCAAUACUGUCCAUGAAAUCUGAGAAAGAAUAAGCUAGCACAGCAAUGAUGCAGGAUGAGGGACUUUUCUAACAGCUGCCACCACAAUUUUAUAGUAUAUACAGUACAUCCUCAUGCACACAUAAAGGACCAUACCAGUGUUUCAGCUCCAUAACUAUAAAUGAUGUAUACAUCAUAUCCCUACUGACCCUUCCUUGUGGAAUAAAAAAAAUAUGUCCUUUCUUA